GAGAUCGAUAUGUGGUCUUUCGGGUGUAUUUUAUGCGAAAUUUGGAUUGGUUAUCCUAUUUUUCAGAGUGAUACAAAAAGCGGAAUGAUAAAAGAAAUGGAAAGACUAUUAGGUCCUCUUCCAAGUUCGCUAUAUAAAAACGCAAAAAAUUUUGCUUGGUAUUUAAACCGAAAUGAUGAUGGAUUAAAAGAUUGGCCAGUAGGAGCGAACAAAGAAACAAUACGAUCGAUGCGAAUUAGAAGGCUAUCGAAAGCCUUAAAUACUAAUAAUAUGGAUUUCAUUAAAUUUGUUGAUGAAAUUUUCAAUUAUGACUCUUCCAAGAGACUUUCUCCGACUGAAGCUUUGUGCCAUACAUUUCUUGCGCCAUUAUUUCCAUUCACUCUUUUUUACACAAAUCACACGAUUAAUUCUUUUCUGAAAAGGUCUUCAAUGUAUCAAGGACUUACAUAAAUUUAAUAUAACCCAUUCCGGUUGAUCAAAUAUUUGAAAUUUACCAAUAUUUACAUAUUUAAUAGAGUUAUAUUAAUACUUACUUAUGGUCCCCAUAAACACAGCUUCGAAUCCUCGCCGCCCGUCAGAAAAAUAUUUGUCUGUAACGAAAAAUAGUAUUUUAAAAAUAAAGAAACAAUAAUUUAAUUAUUAAGAAAUUCACUAA